UUCGUAAUUCGUUGUUACAAUUUCGUGAAGCUAAGUUACUAUUUGUACAAAUACUAACUCAUUUUAAACCUGUUCAGAUGACCAGGAUAAAAGAUUAGGUUUCUCCAAACUAAUGUAGUGUACGUUAAAGAGAGAGAGAGACCACCUCGGUUAGAUGGCUGAGGGCGGGCCCCAUGCAGUAGUUCCCACUAACUUAGAGCUGAUCAGAUUGAGGCAGAGAAGGGGAACCCAAGCAUUUGAGAGUGAAGAAACACCAUCUCCUGACGUUGGAGCAGCACCCGCUGGAGUCUCGCCCUUAGAGACGCUCAGGGAGAGGUCUGGUGUUUCUACUCCUGUUUCAGAAGAGACACAGUAUUUCUCCUCUGCUGCUGCUAAUAGUCCCCAUACUGUGCUACAGAGAGCAGCUAUUCGUAACCUCUACACCACACCGCCAGAAACUCCACCACAGCCGCCACAAGGGACUGCGAUUAGAGAAUCCAGACCAUUUGAAGAAGUGGAAACCCCACCACCAUCGUCACCACCUCAACCACCACCGCCAAAUCCAUAUAAGAAGGUAAUAGACGAUGAGGAGAUGUUUGAGGUGAACACGGUUAUUGAGAAAACUGGAUGGGGUUGGUAUCAAUACAAGGUUGUAUUUGUAAUGGGCAUCAUGUCUUUUGCCGAUGCGGCUGAGGUCUGGCUGGCGACCAUCAUUUUACAAAACCUCAAGUGCGAAUGGAAUUUGACAAGUCUUGAAAAGGCUCUGAUCCCGGCGAUCGUUUAUUUCUUCUAUGCGAUAGGGAGUAUUAUCUCUGGGAAACUAGCUGAUAAAUUCGGUAGAUUUCCUGUUAUGAUCGUUAACGGCUACUUGCUGGUAUUAUCAGCAGUAGCAUCAGCUUUCGCCCCCAGCUACUACUUCUUCCUCUGCUGUAGAGGAGUUACUGGGUUCUGUAUUGGUGGCAGUUACGGCUGUUCAGUGGUGUACUCCGCGGAGAUGGUUCCAGCUAAAAAGCGGUCCUGGAACAUGUGUAUCUUGGAGUUUUUCUGGACAGUUGGAUCAGUGUACGAGUGUGUGAUAGCGUUCUGGGUUAUGGAUCUAGAGGGCGGGUGGAGGUAUCAAAUACUCCUCACGGCUGUGCCGUGUGCCAUUAUGCUAUUUCUCCUCCACUUCAUGGACGAGUCCCCCCGCUAUCUGGUUAUCCACGGGGAGCGUGAGAAGGCAAUGAGAGUCAUUGAGAAAAUUUGUCAGCAAAACCAGGCGGAAGUUCCUGCAGGGACACUCUACUGCUCCGAUGUGAGGUCUGGAGAGUACGGCGAGAUUUGGACCAAACCCCACACUUCAGGCAGCAUCCAGAUCACCAUCCACUACAUUUGUAAUAUGUUCUUAGUGUUUGGUAUCACCAUGUUAGUGGUGGACAUGAUGGCGGAUAACUACUGCUACAUGGAGGCGUUCUUUGAAACUACUUACAUCAACGCCUGGGGUUGCAAAGUUUACACUAAAGCUGAAUACUUGUUUCUCAUCGUAGUAGCUCUGGCAUUUGUUCCAGGGUUUAUUCUUGGAACAGUGGGAGCGGAAACUGUGGGCAGAAGAUGGACCUUUAUCUCCGCAAUCUAUCUCGGCGCAGCUUUCACUGUCCUUCUUCUCAUCUGCAUGAACGCAGUUCUAACCUAUGUUGAGGUGUUUGGAGCGAUUGUUUGUUACUCUGCCUAUAACGAGGUGCUAUGGAUCUACGCUCCUGAGUUCUACCCAACCUACAUGAGGGGGACUGCAGUGGGGGUACAGAAUGGGAUAGGGAAGUUGGGGGCUGCAGCUGGCACCUUUCUGACUGAGUAUCUAGAUGAUUAUGAUAUCAAGUAUUCUCUGUACUGUUUCGUGGUUGUGCAGGCCGUGGCGUGUCUCACUAUUUUGUUUAUGAAACGGGAGACGAGGGGAGAGCAGCUGAUUGAUACGAGAGUUAACGAACUUACUUACAUCAACGAGCAACAUCAAAGCUAGAUGUGGAAGAUAUGGAGAUGAAUAGGGUACCUGGUGGUUUUCUGGUGGUUCUUAGUUUAGCAUAAUCUGCGUUAAUUGGUUCCUAAAUGUUAGAACUACUCCAAUGUCCUACUAUACCGUGCUCUAAGCUUGAUGAUAUAUUAUAGUGGUCAGAUUACUGGGUGAACCAUGGUCCACCAGCCUCUACUUGAAUGUAGAAGUUGUCAUAAAAAGAAGAUACUUACAACAACUGGAUCAGUGACGGAGAUGCCUCAUUGUCAAACAAAUAAAGA